AUGACAUCAUAUGUUGAGCGCCUCAGGCUUCUUCUUAUUCCGUCUCUUUCAUCCUCCAGUUUUAUUGUCGGUUACGUUUGCCCGAACUUAAAAAGUCUCUCCAUUAACGGAUUGUUUGGCACGACGGCGAGGUAUGGCGUGGAUUACUUCUCAAGAGCAAGAACCGAUAAGAUUGAACCCCACGAAUACAUUGAGGAUGAUAGCCCCGACGAGCUCAAUGCAGCUGAUUCCAAGUACAGUUAUUGGUUGAAAGAGCACCCUUCUGCAUUGAGAGCAUUCCAAGGGAUCAUGAAAGCAGCAGUGGGAAAGCAAAUCGUCAUUUUUUUAGAUUACGACGGGACUCUAACACCCAUUGUGGAUGAGCCCGACCGUGCAUUUAUGUCUGAUGCGAUGCGUUCGGCUGUAGGGGAAGUUGCCAAGCACUUUCCGACCGCUAUAAUAAGUGGUAGGAGCCGCAACAAGGUAUAUCAAUUUGUUAAGCUAGAUGAGGUAUACUACGCUGGGAGCCAUGGGAUGGACAUCAUGGGGCCUCCUACGAAAUUGAAGUCCUACUCCUACGAGGGCAAGUAUCACACAAACGCCCUUGAUAAGAAAGGUGAUGAACUAUCCAUCUUCCAACCUGCCAAGGAGUUUCUGCCUGCAAUUCAGGAGAUAUUAGAUAAGAUGCAGAAGGGAACCAGUGACAUCGAAGGUGUCUUAAUCGAGGAUAAUGGGUUCUGCAUUUCUGUUCACUACCGACAUGUUGCCCAAGUUGAUUAUGGUCCAUUAGAAAAGAAGGUUCUGUCGGUACUUGCAGGGUACCCACGCUUUCAUCUGACGAGAGGCAAAAAGGUUUUAGAAAUCAGGCCAUCGAUACAGUGGAACAAAGGCAAUGCACUGGCUUACUUGCUUGAUACCCUUGGCUUUGCAAGUUCCAGCAGAGUUCUCCCAAUUUAUAUUGGAGAUGACAGAACUGAUGAAGACGCUUUCAAGGUACUUCGACGCAGGGGAGUAGGAUAUCCUAUCAUCGUCUCUUCGGCCCCAAGAGACACUUUGGCUUUAUGCUCCUUGCAAGAUCCUUCAGAAGUGUUAUCUUUCUUGAUACGUCUGGCGAGGUGGGUGUCCUCCUGAUUAAUUCUCUCUUCAGAAGUGUUUUCGGGGAUGUGGCUGGUGUACAUAGAUGAGAGAUACAUCUUCAUAUCAUGGGACUUGAAGUUUUAGGCAGGUCCCAGUAGACACUAGGUUGUUAUUUCGUGUACAGCAAUCGGAAGGUCUGCACUGCGGUUUUUGGUCUAGUGCAGAUAUCAGCUGAAGUUUUUCAACCCAAGACUUUGAUGGAGGAACCCAUGACAAGAAGAAUAAAGAAGAAACAACACCCCCUGCCCUUAGUAUUACGUCUGAGCUGCAUUUUAAUUAAAUUCAUCAACCAUCCUGAACUCCUGAUGCUAAACUAUCCAUUUCCAUGCUCUUUCUAAUCUAUAUAUAAACUUGUAUUUGAAGUUGGCUGUAUUCGAGUAUAGAUAGAACAACUCUUGGCAGCAAAGAUUUGCGAUGCCCAUGGGUGCAGGUUUCUUCCUUCUACAAUUUUCUAUUUGGGUCAAGAAGUCUGGGCUGGUUCUGGAAGUCUUGGGAGCCUACGGAUGACGAAUCGGUGGAGAUUUUGUCCAGUUUAUCGCCUUGCGCUAUAAGAGCAUCUUUAGCAUUUUUGAAGCGGGUAUUAAUUCAGCAAUGAUCAGAUUUUCACUGGCGGCCCAUGUUCUUGUCCUGUUCACUAGAUUUGGACAAACGAAGCUUGAAGCUCUGGGUAUAAAUCUACCCCCCAAAUAGGCAUCAAUCGUUUUAUUAUUAGCUUGGGCAAGAGAAGGAAACGUGGGCGAAUAAUAAUCAACCCUCAACCCCCGCUAGAAAACCUACGUAUGCCGGGUGGUACGGCAAGGAUUGUACCCUCCAAUGAUUGGGUUGGAU